AUGGUGAGCCUGAAGUUUCAGAAGAGGCUCGCAGCCUCCGUGCUAAAGUGCGGCCGGAACAAGGUCUGGCUGGACCCCACCGAGGCCAAUGAGAUCGCCAUGGCCAACUCGAGGCAGGCGAUCAGGAAGCUGCAGAAGGACGGCUUCAUCAUCAAGAAGCCCAACGUCGUCCACUCCCGCUCGCGGGCGAGGAUGAACGCGGAGGCGAAGUCGAAGGGACGGCACAUGGGCUACGGUAAGCGUCACGGUACGCGGGAGGCGCGUCUGCCGACCAAGGUUCUGUGGAUUCGCCGUAUGCGGGUGCUGCGUCGUCUCCUCAAGAAGUACCGCGAGGCCAAGAAGAUCGACAAGCACCUCUACCGCGAGCUGUACCUCAAGGUCAAGGGUAACAACUUCAAGAACAAGCGUGUGCUGAUGGAGUCCAUCUUCAUGGAGAAGGCGGAGCGUGCCCGUGAGAAGGCCAUCUCCGACCAGUUCGAGGCCCGCCGCGCCAAGAACAAGGCCAUGCGCGAGCGCAAGGCCGAGCGCCGGGCCAAGCGCCUCGCCGGCGGGCCCGAGGCCGGCAAGAAGUGA